UGGUUGAGAACAUUGUUAAUCUUUCAAUUUAAGGUUAUGUUGUUUAAUUUUUAUUUGAACAGGGCAAUCAAUUUUUUAUUUUGUAUUUUAAGUUAGUAGUAUCCAGAGAUAAAGUAGUAUCCUUACUGAAUAAACCUAAAAUGAAUAAUAUUGUACUAAAAAGGGAAAGUAAUACAGACUUUAGUUCCACUGAUGAAACUAGUCUUUUGGUUGUUAUUUUUGAUAGUAAUCCUGGCCAACAAUUUUUACGAGAUAAUACACAUGUUUUAACCCACUGUUUAGAUUCAAUAAUUGCUUUUUCGAAUGCUCAUUUAAUGCAAAAAGCACAAAACAAAUUAGCUGUAAUGGCUUGUCAUUCAAAAACAAGUCAAUUUAUUUUUCCUGGCCCAGGGAAACCCAUUGAUAUAAGACAAACUGAUGGUCAGUAUGAAAUAUUUACGAUGGUGGAAAAAACAAUAAAGCAUAAUUUGUCAAAAUUAUUAGGUUCUGAUAUAUCAAAUAUUUUAACAGAAAGUCUAUUAGCGGGAACUAUUGCAAUGGCUUUAUGUUAUAUAGCUAGAAUGCAAAGAAUAAAAUCACCAGGGAUAAAAAUUAAUAGCAGAAUUCUUCUAGUAACAGGUAGCAGUGAUUCAGCUUCCCAAUAUAUGAAUUAUAUGAAUGUAUUUUUUACCGCUCAAAAGCAUAAUGUUGUUAUUGACGUAUGUGCUUUAGAUCAACAUUUAAGUCUACUUCAGCAAGGAUGUGAUAUAACUGGAGGCCUGUAUUUAAAAUUGCCGCAGCUACAAGGACUUCUUCAGUAUUUAUUGUGGGUAUUUUUACCUGAACCUCCAAUAAGAGAAAAGCUAGUAUUACCUCCACCUGUAAAAGUUGACUACCGGGCAGCUUGUUUUUGCCAUAGAGAGCUAAUCGAUAUUGGAUUUGUUUGUUCUGUUUGUUUAUCAAUUUUCUGCAAAUUUAGUCCCAUCUGUACAACAUGCCACACUGUUUUCAAGAUGCCAGGACCACUUGCUGUAAAACAGAAGAAAAAAAAGUUAAAACUGUAAAAUAUAAAACAAUGGUCAUGGAAACUUACACCUUAUUUUUAUUUUAUUUAUUAUUGUUAUAAGG